UAAGUUGAUUGAAUAGGUAGGUAGGUACCUUACAUUGAUUUAUAGAUUGAUUUACACAUUUUGUAAUUUUUGUACAAAUUUGUGCAUUUUUUUGUAAGAAUUAAAUCAAAAGAUUGAUUGUUCUAGGUUCUAAAUUCUAAACAUUAUCCCUACUUAUCGGAUAGGAAUAUUAGGUAUUAUUGUCAGUAAUAAUUAGCAAAAUGAUAAGUGGUCGUCCCUUGCAUUUUGUUUUCAAAGUUGCGAAUAGGACUCUGACCGCAAAAUUCUACAGAGACAUCUUGGGAAUGAAGGUACUGCGUCAUGAGGAAUUUUCUGAAGGAUGUGAGGCUUUAUGCAAUGGACCAUACGCAAACCGCUGGAGCAAGACCAUGAUAGGUUACGGGCCAGAAGACACCCAUUUUGUGGUGGAACUGACCUACAACUAUGGUAUCACAAGUUACGAGUUGGGCAAUGACUUUGUUGGACUCACGAUACAGUCAAGCGAGGCUUUGAAGCGGGCUGCAGCCAACAACUGGCAGGUGAAGGAACAAAAUGGCCAGAAAUAUUUGGAGGCACCUGAUGGAUACAAAUUCUUUAUCAUUGACAAGCCACAGCCGGUUGAUAAAGAUCCUAUCAUUAAGGUUUCCCUGGCCAGUUCGAACCUGGCUCGAUCCAUCGCGUACUGGAACGGCCUGCUGGGACUGAAGAUCUUUGAGAAAGCGGAGAAGAGCGUACUUCUUGGCUUUGGUGAGGACCAGGCGAAACUCGAAUUAGUCGAUAUCGGUGGCCCAGUAAACCGCGCCAAAGCAUACGGACGUAUCGCAUUCUCCUGCCCCUACGACCAGCAACCGAUGAUCGAUCAGAAGAUCCAAGCUGCUAAGGAAACCAUUCUCACCCCCCUGAUCUCCCUGGACACCCCCGGGAAGGCUACGGUGAGGGUGAUCAUAUUAGCGGACCCAGAUGGCCAUGAGAUCUGCUUUGUGGAUGACGAAAGCUUCCGCCAACUCUCGCAGUUUGACCCAGCCAGCGACGCCGAUUUGGACAAGUUCAUUAAGGCAGACAAGUCUAGGGCUAAGUAGAGAGUUUAGUGUCAGUGAGAAUGAACCAACAAAUUUUUAUUGUAAAGGUUUUAAGGACUUAUUCCUUUUUUAAUGUUUUAAGGCCAAUACCUUAACAUAAAGAAAUUUAUGAAAUAUUAGAAAAGUUACAAUUGAUCUGCUCAAGUGAUAUCAAAACAGUGAUCCCGAAAAUAAGGCAUCCUCCUACUUUUUCUGUAUGUGUAUGUUAAAUUUCAAGGUUUAUCGAAAUUAAAUUAUUUGAAAACUGGUUACUAAUAAAUGUUAGUGUUGUUCUCAAUUUCAUUAUAUUAUAUUUCAAUAUUACUUUGAUUUCAGACCUUAUUUUUGUGAAAUAACAGACUUCAGAAGUUCAUUCUCAUUGAUAUUUGGCAGCCUAUGAUAUGUAUUAUGUUUAACGGCCUUUUUUUAUGCCUACUAUUAAUUAUUAGAAGGUACUAGCAUCGUAUUAUGCUCAUUCUUGGGUACGCCCAUCACAAAAUUAUAUGAUUCCUCUUUUAUAUUGUUAUAAAAUUAUUUGUUAUUACAUUUUCUUUACUUCUAUCGAAGAUUUAUGUCAACUAAGUCUCAAAAGAAUUAAGUAAAUUUUUUUAAGAAGCAUGUUUAAAUUUAGACUCUCCUUAUAAAGGAGUUACAAAUUUUGUCCUGGCGUCGCCAGUGGCUUGCAAUAACAUUAAUUUGUUAAACACAUGUGAUAAAAUUGAAUUUAUAAGUAUAGGUAUUAUAUGCAAAUAAAAUAACGAACGUGCCAGAUGUGUAUAUGUGAACAUUAACCGUGGUCGCUCAUGUAACCGGCUUACGGCAAGUAAAAUACUUAUAGACCAUUUCUUAACUACUGAAAUUAAUGUAAACAAUCUUGUUACGUAUAGAGACGUAACAAGAUUGUUUACAUUUAUUUCAGUUGAGAAAUACGUAUUAAAAUUAAUAAGCCAUGAGGAAAAAAAACAAAAUUAAAGAUUUCAUUUCUUUUGCUAUUAACCAUACUUUAUUUCACAGAUAAAAAGACAUUUCAAUGGACUAUAAGCAUAUCUUUAUCAUGAAAACAAUUUUGUAAUAAGUAGCUCGGAAUCGUUAUCAAAAGAUACUGAAAUAAUAUGACCCUCGAUUGUAAUUUAUAAUUACAAAUAAUGGUGCCUUGUAUUUACAUAGCUGACUUGCAUAAAAAAUCACAAAUAUACAUAGCUGUAGGUCAAUCGUAAAUGUUCACAUCCAACACAUAAUUUUUCACUCGUUAUUAUAAGUUUCGCUUGAAUAUCAUUCCCAGUUUGAAUAUUAGAAGUAAGUUAAAUUAGUAUUUUCUAUAUCUGUUACUUUGUUUAUGUAAGAAAUAUUUAACAUUUAUGUUUACUAUGCAUAUUACAUACUUAAUGCAAGUUUUAUUAAUCUAAUAUAAUGUACGAACAAUGAA